AUGUUUGGUGCAAGACGACCAAAGAUUAUUGCAAACUACGACAAUGAUGAGAAUGAAGAAGAACCGACUACCAGUCGCAUAACAAUUGCGCCCAAAUUUAAGAGCAAGAGUCGGAUGAAAGUUGGUGCCAAAAAUGGCAGUAACAGUCGAACAAUUUUACAAAAAAAUAAUGAUGUCGAUGACGACGACAACCUAGAUUCCAUUGUUAUUCGACCUAACGCGUCGUCCUCGACCUCACGGAAGGCUGCAUUAUUUACAUCAAACAUUAAAAAGACGCCGGUACGAAGGCCUAUUGUUACCAAAGAAGUGGAAUCUUCUUUUAACGAAGCACCAGAACCAGUGGCUACAAAAUCUGUUGUUGUGAUUCACACUGAGGACGAGUUUGGGCCAAAUGCAGAUAGCGAUGUAAGCAUGGAAGAGGUGGAUCAGCCAACGUCUGUUAAAUCACCACAAAUUUCUGCUCCAGUUUCAGCUUUGACUGAUGCGUCGCGACGCGUUCGAUUUAAUGAUGUGGAGGUGAAAGAACUUGAGAAGAGCGAUAGCGAGGCCGAUUUCAUUGCACUUGAGCCAGAGGUGAUUGCGGAAGAAAAAAAGCUGCUUGAGGCGCGGAUUUACAACGAGUAUGAUAUGGAGGAAGGUGUGGAGAUGCUUGAUGAAGAUCUUGCGUUAGACGAGAAAACAAAAAUGACUCAAGAUCAGUGGCGGCGGCGGCUGAUGGAGGAAGCUAUUGACGAUGUGGCGAAUGACGAAGAUGACGAAGACACGGCUCGGUGGAUGCAUAACCAGCAACAUCAUAGCGUUGUUUAUGCUAAUGAGAACCAUGUCGAGGUUAAUGAAAACAAGAAACCCCCUAAAGUGGAGGAAACUCAGGAAACAUUACCAUUACCGAGUCUUAAGGAUGUCUUGGCUCACAUACAAGGUAAUUUAGAUAAACUACGGGGAGAACGAGAUACUAUUUCACAAGAAAUUAAAACUUUGAAUGAGGAUGUGGACCAAAUAGAAGCUAAACAGGCACUUAUUCAAGAUAAACUUAAUCAAGCAGGUCUCAACUACCAGGUUGAUUCUGCAGUUCCUCAGCAAUAA